CCCGUGGGAGUUUUUUUUUUUUUUGGCUCGUCGAGUGGAGAGGAAGAGGAAGCGGGAGCUCACCGGCGCGGCGGCGAUGGCGGCGGAGGCGGAGGCGGCGGCGCUGCCGCAGCUGCAGCUGCAGCUUCUCUCGCUCGUCUCCGAGCACCGGCUCCUCCGCGAGCGGGAGCGUGCGGCGCGCGAGGAGCUCCACGCCGCCAGCCAAAGAUGGAAGGAGGCGGAGGAGGGGCACCGUCGGGAGACGCGGGAGCUGCGUGCGGAGGUGGCGGCGAGGGACGACGCGCUCCGUCGGCUCGAGUCCAGGAUAAAAUGCCUUGAAAAUGAAAAUGAGCAGCUGGAGAAAAACGAAAAGGAGUUAAAAGAUAACAUGGAGGGACUGCUUCAAUCAAAGGAGGCUUUCAUAAAACAUUACGAGGACUCUGCUUGUUCUCUGCAAUGGACUAUCCAGAUGAAGGAUAAACAGAUUGCUGUGAUUUCAGAAAAGCUGAAUGCUCAUCUGGCUUUAUUUAGUUCAGUAGGAAAGGAAGUCGCUGCGGUGAAACAAGUACUCGGUAAUGUGAAAUGUCUAGUUGGCGACAAGGAAAAUGUAGUUUCUGACUUGAAGGGUAAAGUAGAGAAGAUUUCUGUGCUUGAGAAAGAUUUUGUUGAAAAACUUAGGUUUUUCGAAGAAAAAAUUAAUGAUUACCAGCUUGAACUCCGGAAUAGGGCGAGGUUGAUAUAUGAAUUGAGGGAACGCCUUGAGGCUGAGAAACUCAACACCAAAUUUCAGCCCAAACUAGAAGAACUUAGGAAAUCUUUAUUGGUGAAGGAUGAGAUUAUUGAGAGACUGACUUCAGAGAAGCAGGCAAUGCUUAUGGAGCUUCACAACAUGGAGAUUGCUUUACAUAAAUUUCAAGACAUAUUUGACAGUAUUGGGCAUGAGGUAAUAAAAAGAAGCUCACCUGUUUCUAAUAGUCAGGAUGUAACAGAAGAUGUGAAUAGAGAAAAACUAGAAAGCAUUCCAGGUAGUCAGUGUGAACCAGCUAAUGAGCAUACCGUGAUACCUGUUUUUGAUGAAGCAGCAACUACUCCGAACAUAGAAGGUCAGUCGGAAAUUGACCCAGGCAGAAAACAAGUACAAAGCCAGUCAUCCCUUAUGCAUUCUGCUUUGCCGUCUCCAGAGCCAGCAAAUGCAAAUGCCGAAACAGCUGACUGCCUACAUGGAUCCGAAGAUAUUGACAUGGAUAAUUCAUCUCCAGGACGGUGAAUUGAUUAUGUGAAUCCGAACCUUGAGUCACAAAAACAGCCCUGAAUUACAACUGGGCUUCCCUCUGGUGGCAUGGCGCUGAGUCUGCAAAUCUCCAAUGCCCAGCAUCGCAGCUCAUGACCUCCUCUGCUCACAGCCGAUUGAUUUCUUGUCUGUAUAGCAUGUUAAGUCCAGUUAGCCCCUAAAGGUCAGAAGGAAGAUUGGGUGCUGCAUUUUGGUUUUUGUUUUUUCAACUUCAAAUUUGUGAUAUCUAGCUAGUGAUGGGUAGUUGGGACAUGCAAGAACUCACUGCGCUGUGUAUUCCAUUGUGUCAGAUCUCUUCAACAAUAUGACACUAAUGAUGAAUACUACGGAUGAUUUCAGACUAGCAGACUUGUAUAUUGUGUGACAUGCUCGCUUCAAGGAAGCUAAGAGUUGGGGUUUAGAAUUUAAA